AUGUCAGUCACCGCUGGUAAUGAGACCUUGUCAUCAUGCCAGUUAACCGCGCCCCCUGGCUUCACUUAUAAAGAUCCAGACUGCAAGGUCCUUUGUCAACCCACUCAAUGGACGGAUGCAAUCUCAUUCAUCCUCGUCAACUACCUUGCACAUGCCGGAACUAUUAUCAGUCAGCCGGGCCAGAGCACUUUCAAAAGUGUUUUCAAGGUCGUGCUGGCAUUUUUGCUUCCUGGAAGUGGGGUUCUCCAAGGUGUCAAUACCAUUUGGAACUGCGCCAUCUUUGGGAGCUCUAAUCUCCAAACUGCAGCACGGGCGGGGGCUCUCUGCGCCGUUGUCAGGCAUGAUACAGCCGCAGAACGCGAUAUUGCCAUGUAUAGGAGGACGCGGCCCGAACCCCCAUCCAUUCCCACUGAGACGCUCUAUGAGGCAACACUCAAUUCCUAUCACUCAUCGUUGGGAGCAAUUCAAAAUCUAUGUCGUUCCUUCCAAUGGCAUCAACCGCAUCGUGCCCAGGUCUUGUUGAAAAUCUUCCUGGCUGCCCUUGCCCAUUGCGUGUCCACCGUAAAUUUACUCCUUUCAUUCUUUACCGACAAACUUCCCGAAUACUUAGUCCUACUCCUAGAGCAUCUUAGAAGAUCGCUACUCAGAACGGAGCAAGCUGUGGCCAGCUCUCAACUUCAACCAAAGCCUCUGCAAACAAGACGGCUAUUUUAUGGAUGGGUCUCGCUAACUUUAAUACGCCGUCACCAAGAGGUUACUAGCAUGAAAGCAAUUAGGAUUCACGGAGUUUGCCGAUUGCCCAAAGGCUAUGAUCUGAUGCUUGUCCCAUCUGACGCUGCCUUUAUUAACGAGGAGAAUCAGACGUUGAUUGAAGUUAGCGCUGGAUACAACGCUCUCAAGAUUUUUAUUUCAAUAUUUCAGCUGAUUUACUCCAGCCACGCUAUUUAUCGCGCGAGAGGCGACCAAAUAGACCGUUACGGUUUUGCUGCUUUCGGGUUAACCGUUAUACCAUAUGCCUGGAUGUCUUUGGUCAACCUAACUGGUAACUUGCUGUGCCCACAGUACAAUACCAUUUUUUUAGUGGGCUCCGAAGGUCUUGACCACCUUGAAAGGGUGCUUGCGGCGGCCACAGAUGACGAAAAAAAACUUUUUCCCGUGCUAGGAGUCGUUGGGAGGCUCCACCGAUCCACCGAUACACAGAUGCAGAAGCUUCACCGAGAGUUGCGAAUCUGCGGCGGCGAGUUCACAAUACUGGACUGGGGUUUGCAGUACUACCUCGUCGCAACAGCGACCACAUCCUCACAAACAGAGCUCACCCGUCUUUCGCUUUUCACGACUUGGCUCCAGGCAAUG